GCGGCGUGUCCUUUAUCGUGUAUCGGUGGCAUCAUUGUGCUAUUUCUAGUGAAUUCUCUGCUCUGUUCGAAGGACAACAAAUCCGAAAAUGUAACCGUGACCCGGGUUCUGCUGAAUGUGCUUUCUUUUGUGGUCAAUGCAAGUAGCUGGUAGGUUCGGAAAGCAAUAGUUUAGUGCCGUCGAUGCAAAUUUUGUGAUUGUUUGCUGUAGCUGUACCGUGAUGUCAACAAGCGGCUUAUGAAAAGUAGCAAACAAAGUAGAUACAGAUCCUAGAAGACGGUACGUGAAACUACAACCCUACCAUCUAUAAGAUUGCAACUACGAAAUUCCAAUCCUAAAACGACGCGUUCGUCGACGGUAGACAGUAGCGAUUGAAUCCAAGAUGCAUUCACGGGUGUUGAUGGUUUGCUGGCGACGCAAGCUGUUCUUCAUCGGGGCCGCUUUGCUGUUCCUGUUCGCACUCUGGUUCUGGGGUUUCCUCUACACAACGCAUAUCACCGAGGAAGGCGGUAAGAUCGUUUCGUUGCGCGAACUGAUGCUUGGCCGUACACAUGGCCGUCACGAAAGUCUACUUCAUCGGUUGGGCUUCUCCGAUGCGGCACCCAACACGGAAACCGCAGCAUUCCGGGCCUCAUACGCCGGUGGUUUGGUCGCCAAUGGUGGAGUAAGAUUCGUAAAGCCCACCACCCCAGCUUCGGGUGUUAGUAAAGCACGCCAGGGAAAUGAGUGGGAUACGAUCAUGCAAGAUGACCACGAGGCUCGACACGGUGGAGAUGAGAAGGUGCAGCGGCAGAUCUCGGACGAGAUGAGGAUCGCAGCAGAGAGGCAGAGUCAUUACGAGCACGAACUGAAGCGGAUGGGUGUGCCGGUAAUAGCGGGACUUGGUCCCGGUGGUAAGCUGGGACCACCGGUACACAGGUUGGUGCAUUUCGAUUUGAAAGGAGCGCCACCGAAGGUAGCCUACCUGAGGCGUCUACUGCCAAUCCUGAAGACGCUCGGUGCAACGGGCAUACUGCUCGAGUACGAGGAUAUGUUCCCGUACGGUGGUACACUAACACCGUUGGCUGCCCACAACGCCUACAACCGGGACGAUCUGUUGCAGAUCCUGAAAACGGCAUUCGCGCUAGGACUGAACGUUAUACCGCUGGUGCAGACGUUCGGGCACCUGGAGUACGCACUGAAACUGAAAGAGUUUGCUCAUCUCCGUGAGACGGAGGAUUCACCGCAAGCUAUCUGUCCGAGCUAUAAUGCCUCCAUGGCAUUCCUGGAGGAGCUGCUGGGCCAGGUGAUCGAGUACCACACACCGGCAGAGAAUGAAAAUCUACUCCAUCGGGAUGACAUCGAGAGGCUUACACCUAAGCUGACGCACAUACACAUCGGGUGCGAUGAGGUGUUUCGGUUGGCCGAGUGUUCCCGCUGUCGACAUCGACCCAAAGAUCAACUGUUUCUCGACCACGUGUACAACGUGGCAACGAUGAUACGACGGCGAUGGCCCAAGCUGCGCAUUAUCAUCUGGGACGAUAUGCUGCGUCACAUGUCGCUCGAGGCACUGCAGGCAUCCGCCAUUGGGCCGUUAGUUGAACCGAUGAUCUGGGUGUACACGGAGGACAUCUACAAGUUCGUGCAGUCGGCCACCUGGGAAAAGUAUGCGUCGGUGUUCGGGACAGCCUGGGCUGCGUCGGCAUUCAAGGGGGCACACGGAGAGGGCCUGCUUAUGCCACCGAUACGACGUCACCUAGAGAACACGUUGCGCUGGUUAGCGGUAAUGCAGGGAGAAGGGAACCGCUUCUCGCACGGUUUGCAGGGACUCGCACUGACCGGCUGGCAACGGUACGAUCAUUUUGCCAUCCUCUGUGAACUGCUUCCGACCGCCCUGCCUAGUCUGGCCGUCUGUUUGUCGACGGCCGCGAAAGGAUAUUUCGAUGUCAGCGCUCGGACUAAUCCGAUUCUAAGCAGUCUAACCUGCCCGGAACCGACUGGUGAACAUCAUGCAUGGUUAGAGCUACACAAGGACUCGCUCACGGUGACCUUUUCGCGUUGUAUGUUCCCGGGCAGUGCAAUCUAUCGGUUUGCAUUACGCCUCACGGCCCUGUUGGCUGAAUCGAACGAGUAUAUCGAAGACAUCAAGCAGCGGCGUGGUUGGCUUACGGACUAUAACAUACGCCACAAUUUUAGCUCCGCUUCCCGGGUCGAUGAUUUGCUCGGAGAGAACUAUCGUCUCCUUAACUCCGUGUCUAACUUGGCCCGCAAUGCCGGCUCGACGUUGGCCGAAGUGUACGACCAUUGGACAUAUGGAGAGUUCAUCGAGCAACGCAUCUUUCCGGUACUAGAGGAGCUGAAACGGAUGGAGCGAGCAGGGGAUGCCCUGCGUAAACGUCGUGUAUGGCCACAACGUCCGUUGCCGUACCUAAAACCAUUCGAAGUACUCGGUAUCGACGAAAAAACCUAGCUAGCCGAGUACGUCAAGAUACCGUUCCGACACUGAAGCUGGAAUCAAUCUUGAUGCAUGCCUCUCUCGGUCAACUAGAUUAAUUUGCGGGCUCUAUUGCUCUCACCGUAUUGCAACGAACCGGACCCAGUGACGGACCACUAGUGAAAACUGGUGUUUUUCAUCAGCAGUCCGAGUAGUCCCACAUUGAUUGCAAAGAAGACUGAUCGCACCGUGGUAGUGGUAGAGUGUCUAGAAGUAAGUGAAAACCCCGCAUCAAACGGAGCUAGUGGAUAGUACAACACGAUACCCAUAGGCAAAUGUUAUAUCUA